AUGCAGCGCUCACCAGAAGACUAUCCUUUCGUUUACGGAGACCAUCAGUUGAGAUCGUCAUCUCGACGCCGGAUAGUCGUUGAAGUGCCUCGGAAACAAAAAAGGAUUGCAAAGAAGGAAUUUGAGUUGUGCUCGUUUGGCUACUGUAUUCUUAUUUCCAUUGCCUAUAACUCGAUUUGUCCAAGAAUACUAUCCAUCAAGACGCUGAACAAGAAAUCGUUAUCAAACAGGAAGGAAGUGCUGGUCAUUGAUGGAACACUUCCCACAUUCCAGAUUCGUACCGGAAGACCGCCGACCCGAUGGUCAGAUUUCUUCACGAAGUCCUUGAAAGAAAAAUAUGAUGCUCUUCGUGUCCCACGCGAAAGGAGGAACCACUGGGCUACUCUGGCACGCGACAAAUGGAAGAAUUACUGGCGCCCGCUCGACCAGUUCGAAGAUCAACGGGAGUCAAGGUGA